ACUUCCCGCAAGAGGGUCACCUCGUGCAGAGCGGUCUCGCCCUCGCCUGCUGGGAUCUGACAACUUGGAGUCUGAGCUGUGGUGCAAUCCAGCCCUGUUCCUCGGAAGUCUCCUCCAUGCUUCCUCAGGGAACAUUCUUCUCUUGGCUAUGUAUUGAUCUUAUAAGAGACGAAUGUGUUUGAUUGGUAGGAUAUGUUGCACCUCGCACUAAGACACACAGAACUUGGCAGAGGACCAAGGGGCUCCUUCGGAUCUCUUGGAGACUUCCCAGGAGCCCAGAUGGAUGAGCAAGACUCAGCUGGCCCUGAAGCACGAAGAGGCCAUGCCAUCCAACAUGGGAGCAGUGGGGGAUUCUGUGAAAACUCCGUGCAGAAGAUUCUGGGUGAGGAGACCACCCUCCGCUCAGCUGUGCAGAGCCAGCAGCUCAGGCAGUUUUGCUACCAGGAGGCCAAAGGACCCCGAGAGGUUUGCAGCCAACUCUACCACUUUGACCAUCAAUGGCUAAAGCCAGAAAGGCACACGAAAGCUCAGAUGCUGGACCUGGUGAUCUUGGAGCAGUUCCUGGCUGUCCUUCCUCCAGAGAUGGAGAGCUGGGUGAGGGAAUGUGGAGCGGAGACCAGUUCCCAGGCAGUGGCCCUGGCCGAAGGAUUCCUCCUGAGUCAGGCAGAGGAGAGAAAGCAGGCAGAGCAGCAGGGGAAGGAUCUUGUUGCAGAAAUGGGUCUUGAUUCUUCUGAGGCAGAGAAGACUCCGUUGGACACCAGAGAGAGGCCUCUAGGUGACAGAUUGAUGCCACCAAGACCUGCUCCUUCAUCUUUUCAUGGUGGUGGAGGGGAGGCAGCGGCUGUGGACCCAGAUCAGGGUCCAGUGUGCUUUGAAGAUGUAGCUUUGCAUUUCACUGAUGAGGAGUGGGCGUUGCUGGAUCCUGACCAGAGAGCUCUGCAUCAGGAGGUCAUGGCAGAAAAUUUUGGGAUGUUUGAAUCUCUCGUUUCAGGUGGUGAUGAAUUGGAAAUGAAGAACAAGGCAGACCACAAUGAAAUCCACAUAGUGGAGGAACCAUAUCAGUAUACAGACUUUGGAGAGAGCUUCAGUCAGAGCUCCCAUUCCUCUUCCCACCAAAGAAAACCCCUUGAGAAUAAACCCUAUCAGUGCUUGGAGUGUGGAAAGAGAUUCACCUGGAAAAAAAGUUUUGCUUUCCAUCAAAAAAUUCAUGCAGGAGAGAAACCAUAUUGUUGUUUGGAAUGUGGAAAGAGCUUCAGUCGAAAGGACAGUCUCACUUCCCAUCAAUCACAUCAUACAGGAGAGAGACCCUAUCAGUGCUUGGAGUGUGGAAACAGCUUCAUCUGGAAACAGACUUUAAUUUCCCAUCAAAGAAUUCAUACAGGGGAGAAACCAUAUUGUUGUUUGGAAUGUGGAAAGAGCUUCAGUGAGAGGACCAAUCUCACUUCCCAUCAAAGAGUUCAUACAGGGGAGAAACCCUAUCAGUGCUUGGAAUGUGGAAAGAGCUUCACCUGGAAAGAAAAUCUCACUUCCCAUCAAAGAAUUCAUACAGGGGUGAAACCCUAUCAGUGCUUGGAAUGUGGAAAGAGCUUCACCAGGAAAGAAAAACUCACUUCCCAUCAAAGAAUUCAUACAGGGGAGAAACCAUAUCAGUGUUUGGAAUGUGGAAAGAGCUUUAGUCGAAAGGACAGUUUCACUUCCCACCAAAGAAUUCAUACAGGGGAGAAACCUUAUCAGUGCUUGGAAUGUGGAAAGAGCUUCACCUGGAAAGAAGGUCUCGGUGCCCAUCAAAGAAUUCAUUCAGGGGAAAACCCCUAUCAGUGCUUGGAAUGUGGAAAGAGCUUCAGUCAAAAAGGAAAUCUCACUUUCCAUCAAAAAAUUCAUACAGAGGAGAAACUAUAUCAGUGCAUUGAAUGUGGAAAGAGCUUCACCUGGAAAGGUUUCAUUUCCCAUCAAAGAAUUCAUAAAGGGGAGAAACCCUAUCAGUGCUUGGAAUGUGGAAAGAGCUUCAGUCACAGCUACCAUCUCGCUUCCCAUCAAAGAAUUCAUACAGGGGAGAAACCAUUUCAGUGCCAAGAGUGUGGAAAGAGCUUCAGUCACAAGGAAAGUCUCACUGCCCAUCAAAGAAUUCAUACAGGGGUGAAACCCUAUCAGUGCUUGGAAUGUGGAAAGCUCUUCAGUCGAAAGGAGAGUUUAACUUCCCAUCAAAGAAUUCAUACAGGGGAAAAACCUUAUCAGUGCUUUGAAUGUGGAAAGAGCUUCAGUCACAGCAACCAUCUCGCUUCCCAUCAAAGAAUUCAUACAGGGGAGAAACCAUAUUGUUGUUUGGAAUGUGGAAAGAGCUUCACCUGGAAAGAAAGUCUCACUGCCCAUCAAACACUUCAUACAGGGGAGAAACCCUAUAAAUGCUUGGAAUGUGGAAAGAGCUUCACCUGGAAAAAAAGUUUAACUUUCCAUCAAAGAAUUCAUACGAGGGGAAAGCCCUAUCAGUGCUUGGAAUGUGGAAAGAGCUUCAAUCACAGUGUAAAUCUCACUUCCCAUCAAAGAAUUCAUACAGGGGAAAAACCCUAUCAGUGUUUGGAAUGUGAAAAGAGCUUCAAACACAGUGUCAGUCUCACUGCCCAUCAAAGAAUUCAUACUGGGGAAAAACCCUACCAGUGUUUAGAAUGUGGAAAACUCUUCAGUCAGAGGGCUAAUCUCACUUCCCAUCAAAUAAUUCAUACCGGAGAAAAACCAUAUCAGUGCUUGGAAUGUGGAAAGAGCUUCACUUGGAAAAUAAGUUUCACUUCCCAUCAAACUAUUCAUACCAGGGGGAAACCAUAUCAGUGCUUAGAAUGUGGAAAGAGCUUCAGUCACAGCCGCUUUCUCACUUCCCAUAAAAGAAUUCAUUCAGGGGGGAAACCCUAUAAGUGCUUGGAAUGUGGAAAGAGCUUCAGUAAAAGUGACCACCUCACUUCUCAUACAAAAAUUCAUACAGGGGAGAAACCUCAUCUGUGCUCAGAAUGUGGAAAGUGUUUUAGUAGGAGGGGCAGUCUCAUGGUCCAUCAAAAACUUCACACAAGGGAGAAACCUUAUCAUUGCUUGGAGUGUGGAAAGAGCUUCAGUCAGAACUUCAAUCUCACGGUCCAUCAAAGAAUUCAUACAGGGGAGAAACCCUAUCAGUGUUUGGAAUGUGGAAAGAGCUUCAGUCAAAGCACAUGUCUCACCGUCCACCAAAGAGUUCACAGUGGGGAGAAACCAUUUCAGUGCCAAGAGUGUGGAAAGAGCUUCCGUGAGAGGACCAACCUCACAACCCACCAAAGAGUUCACAGUGGGGAGAAACCAUUUCAGUGCCAAGAGUGUGGAAAGAGCUUCAGUCAGAGGGCCAGCCUUACUUACCAUCAAAGAACUCACAGUGGAGGAAAACUAUAGUAGUGUUCGUGUAGGCUUGUCUGGCAGGAAGCCAUAGCUUCUGGUUACUUGGCACUCUUGGAGGGAGCUUGUGAGGAAACUAUGGUGCCUGUGGCCUCCCAGCAAAAAGGUGCAAAAACUCCAAACAGCUUAGGCAGUUAAAAAGACUCAGAAGAGUUUAUUCAUACAUAAGAAGGGCUUUCUGCAACAGAUUGGGCAGCUGCUUUGCACCCACUUGAAAGCAAGAUUGAGAUGUUAUCUAACCAAAUAGUUGAUGUAAUGGAAACAGCAAACACAUAUAACAGCACAUUAAGCAUCGAAACAGAGCUGCAAGCACUUAAAAUUGCAAAUGAAAGUUUUGAUUUAAAAUUUGCAGCUCAAUUGGAUAGAGUUAAAAGGAAAAAAAUUAAACUACAGUGGUACCUCUACUUACGAAUAACUCUACUUACGAAUGGAGCUCCGUCCGCCAUCUUGGAUGCGGUUUAGAUAGGAUUUUUUCUACUUACGAAUUUUUAGAUAGGGUUGCUUCUACUUACAAUUUUUUUCUCCCAAUGCAUUCUUAUAGGAUUCGACUUACAAUUUUUUUCUACUUAUGAAUGUGUGUUCGGAACGCAUUAAAUUCGUAAGUAGAGGUACCACUGUAUGUAGGAUUCUGGAAAAAGAGGGGGGAGAUACGAUUGCAUUUAUUUUAAGUUGGUUUGACAGUUUGAAGACCCCCAUCACUCCCCAUGAUAUUGAAAGGCCAUACAGAGUGGGCGUGCUUAGAGCUAAAAACACAGAUGUAGCAAGAAACGUUGUUUGCUUUGAAGGCUACCAAACUAAAACUUUGAUUUAGUGCCCUAUGCAACUAUUGAGAAGUUAAAUACAACUUAUUUAAUAUAGAGGUGUUUCCAGAUCUAUGCCCAGUGAAAAUGAUUCAGAUGUUCUACCACUGCGCUGAAGGCUGCAGGGACUACCUCCCAAUGGGGGUUCCCAUUUAAGUUAUUAGUGCAAAUCAAUGGCAAAUACACUACUGCUUCCAAUAUUUUCCACAGCAGGUGGGAAAUGUUUUCCAUGUACUUAAAAUUGCAAUCCCCAAACUGGCUGCAAGGGGUAGAACUAACACCUCCUCCUCCUCAUGGUCCACUCCAAGAAAAAGAAAAGGCAGACAUCUGCAGCAGUCUCUCCACAUUAAAACCAUGGCUUUUAGGCCUCCAGAUAUAAUUUUGAUACAAAAGACACACCACAAGAAAAAAAGCCAAAACAUGCCCUGGGAUCUUCCACAGCAAGGGGCAUGGCUAUACUCAUUACAGUGGUACCUCGGUUUACAAACACGAUUGGUUCCGGAAGUCUGUACUUAACCUGAAGCGAACUUUCCCAUUGAAAGUAAUGGAAAGUGGAUUAAUCCAUUCCAGACGGUCUGCAGAGUACUUAAACUGAAGCGUACUUAAACUGAAGCGAACUUUCCCAUUGAAAGUAAUGGAAAGUGGAUUAAUCCAUUCCAGACAGGUCCGUGUACUCAAACCGAGGCAUACUUAAACUGUGGUAUGACUGUACAUAAAAAAUGCCCAUUCACUAUUCAGGACUCCAUAGAGGGCCCCAAAGGCAGAUACCUCAUAUUAAAAGACUCACUAGAGUCUGAGAAACAUAAUUACAGGCUGCUUUUAUGCUCCCUUUAUGGGUCGUUUCAAUUUCUUUGAGAGUUGUCUUUCUACUUUACGAGGAUGUAAAGAAGGUAAAACCAUCAUAGGAGGAAAGCUGAAUGAAUGUUUAAAUCCUGUUCUUGACAGUAACGGCUCCUCUUCCAGAUUCCUGAAGCCUUCAUUACACUUUUGCAUGUUUAUUUUUGCAACCCCUUGUGGCUCUGCCACCCCACUGACAGGGAAUAUACAUUUCACUCCUAUAGGUAUGGAUCUUGUUGGGGAUUCAUUCCCCAUGUCUGCAGUCAUGGGAUUCUUGUCUAUCACAUGACGGUGUAUGUUUUCAUUCCACAGAGUGGGAAGUGAUGGAGACAGGAUGUUUGUGUUACUGUGUUCCGUGAAAUGGGAUUGUUGUGCUUUGUUUUUUUCUCUUUGCUGUCUGAUGCUAGGGAGAGAGGGAGCCAUGUUGCAGUGCUCUGUGUUUAUAUGUAAAUAAAUGUAGAUUAGCCAAAUGCUGAGUUGCUGAGGUCUGUUAUGCAAACUGCAAACACUCUGCGUGUCCCUAAGUGUGCUGGUGUCUGUUGGCAUCAGCCGCUGUGAUGUUCGGGCAGAAGAAAGCUUUUGAAGCUCCCAAACAACCGACCAGGAGGGAGAGAACAUGCCAGUCGGGCAUGUGUCUCUGCCAGGGUCCUACAUGAGAGUAGGAUGAUCCUAACAGAUCUAUGCCCCAUAUGGACUGUAUCUUCAUAUUCAGAGAUCUCUGGUGUAAAGUGACAAAAACAAAUAUAGGAAUCAUCUUGGUCUUGGACUAUGCCCCAAUUUCUACCUCUACAGCAAUGGACUCUCAAAGCCAAAAUUCAUUUUUCUGGACUUGUGAUUCUUUCUUACUAGCAGACAAAUUGGCUCAAGAAAUAUAUAAAGAAUAGCUAUUUUGGCCAUCUCAUUCCUUGCUUUUUCCUGUAAGACCAAUUGCAGUCGUUAACAGUUGUCAACAGGUUUACCACACCUAUCACCCAGUCACCCAUUCCCACCAGCCUUCUGAGUAAUACCCCUCCCCACCCUCUCACUAUAUAUAAAGGUCUGGUGACUUCUGUUUCAGUGUGCAUGCACAGGAA